GAAACGAGCAGAAAAGAGCGCCUCAAGCGAGCGGAGGGACACGCCCUGGUGGCCCGCCCUGGCAGAGGCUGCGCCCGGGCCCCAACGCGCCCGCCCCGGCUCCGGCCCCCGCCCCGGCUCCGGCUCCCGCUGCGGCCCGGCUCCAUGCUGCUGCGACCGGGCUCCUGGCCGCGGCGGCCGCCCUUCAGCUGCCCAGGACCGCGGGCCCCGCACCGACCGCAGAUUGAGCUCCUGCAGCCCUCCGGACCUCUGAAGCCAUGGCAACGGCUCUACAACACAGCAGCACCCCCUGAUGGAAUCACCAUCUGCUACCGGCACGGCCUACCCGCCAUCACGCUCACUCUGCCAACCAGGAGCGAGCGCUGCCAGUUUGUGGUGAAGCCUUUGCUCUCCACCGUGGGCUCCUUCCUCCAGGACCUGCAGCACGAAGACAGAGGCAUCCAGAAGGCCCGAGUCCUGUCAGCAGAUGGCACCGAGAUUGCAACUUCAACCUCCAUGGAAGUUUUGCUCAUGAACGAUUUUAAACUGGUCAUUAACAACAAGAUCUACGAUGUACAGAGCCUCAAGGAAGCAAAACCCAGUGGUGAGCAGACGGUCGAGAUGGAGAAGGUGAAGUACUUGGUGCACCGGCUGUUCAUGGCCAUGCACUUGGAAGAGCUGCAGAAGAGGCAGGAGCGGCACCUGUUGGAGAGAAUCAGCCACCUGAAGAGGCAGCUGUUGCCCUUGGAACAGAUGAAAGCUCGAAUUGAAGCACGCUCCAAAGCCACCACCAGCGGACUCCUGUGGGCAGGGCUGGCACUGCUGUCGGUGCAGGGCGGGGCCCUGGCCUGGCUCACCUGGUGGGUGUACUCCUGGGACAUCAUGGAGCCGGUGACAUACUUCAUCACAGUUGCAAACUCCAUGGUCUUCUUUGCAUACUUUAUAAUCACUCGCCAGAACUAUACUUACUCGACGGUCCAGAGGCGGCAGUUUCUUCACUUCUUCCACAAGAAAUCCAAGAAACAGCAUUUUGAUGUGGCACAGUACAACAAGCUAAAAGAAGAUCUCGCUAAGGCUACGGAUUCCCUCCGGAGGGUCCGCCACUCCCUCUCCCUCCAGGUGCUGACCAGGGAACUGGAGGACAAGAACUGAAGCCUCUGGCUCUCAAAGUAAGAGUUUGCCCCCUGACAUCCAGGUUCUGCCCCUUGGGAACUGGAACUUUUUGAAUCCUGUAUUUCAUUUGCUUUGUGCAGUUUUGAUCUCGGUUUUAUUAAUUAAAAGAAAAAAAUGCUUACUAA